AGCCCGGGCCCCUCCGGGCGCGGGGGACGCAAAAGCUCGCGCUCCUCCUCUCCCGCCUCCCUUCUCCACCACUCCCCUCCUUCGGCCAGUCCCUCCCCCAGCCUCGGCGCAGGGGGGGCCGGGCUUGGCUCCGCGAGGCCCGUGCAUUCCAGAGAGCCCAGCGAGCUAGAGCAACAAAGGAGCCGGGUUGUCGGCUGGGAGAGCUCGGGGGGCUGCGGCGCGCUCGGGCGAAGGUGGCUGCUGGGCCGCGGGCUGGCGCGGGGGCAAAGCCGGAGCCGCACUCCAACCCCGGCUCGCACCUGGCCUCCCUCGCGGGGCUGGGAGUUGGUUUUAAUGGUGGGAGAGGCAAUGGGGCUAGGGAUUAAGGGUCCAGGGGGCUCCCAGGGCUGAAGACAAACUUGGACUGCGAGGCGAGGGCUUGGGGAGUUGUGCAUCCCGGCCCGGCCUCCGCAGCCCAACAUGGGCCCGGGUUUCCGAAGUUUGCGAAGUUGGGCGCCGAGGGGCCGGGGCGCGCGAAGCGUCCGGGGGGGCCCGCGCCCGGAUUCUCUGGGCGCACAGGUCGCCUGAGCCGCCUCUGCGGCCGCCGGGGUCGUGCGUGUGGCCUGGGGGCUCCAAGGAGCGGGCGAGGGCGCCGGAGCUUUUGCUGAGUUGGCGGGGUUGGCCAUGGCCGCUGCCCGCCCCGCGCGGGGGCCGGAGCUCCAGCUCCUGGGGCUGCUGCUGCUGCUGCUGCUGCUGCUGGGGGGCCCGGGUCGGGGGGCGGCCUCGAGUGGGAACGCGACCGGGCCUGGGCCGCGGAGCGCGGGCGGGAGCGCGAGGAGGAGCGCGGCGGUGACUGGCCCGCCGCCGCCGCUGAGCCACUGCGGCCGGGCUGCCUCCUGCGAGCCGCUGCGCUACAACGUGUGUCUGGGCUCGGUGCUGCCCUACGGGGCCACCUCCACGCUGCUGGCCGGAGACUCGGACUCCCAGGAGGAAGCGCACGGCAAGCUGGUGCUCUGGUCAGGCCUCCGGAAUGCCCCCCGCUGCUGGGCAGUGAUCCAGCCCCUGCUGUGUGCUGUAUACAUGCCCAAGUGUGAGAAUGACCGUGUGGAGCUGCCCAGCCGCACCCUCUGCCAGGCCACCCGAGGCCCCUGUGCUAUCGUAGAGAGGGAGCGAGGCUGGCCUGACUUCCUGCGCUGUACUCCUGACCACUUCCCUGAAGGCUGCACGAAUGAGGUGCAGAACAUCAAAUUCAACAGCUCAGGCCAGUGCGAAGCUCCCUUGGUUCGGACAGACAAUCCCAAAAGCUGGUAUGAGGACGUGGAGGGCUGCGGCAUCCAGUGCCAGAACCCGCUCUUCACCGAGGCCGAGCACCAGGACAUGCACAGCUACAUCGCGGCCUUUGGGGCCAUCACAGGCCUCUGCACGCUCUUCACCCUGGCCACAUUUGUGGCUGACUGGCGGAACUCGAAUCGCUACCCUGCCGUUAUCCUCUUCUACGUCAAUGCCUGCUUCUUUGUGGGCAGCAUUGGCUGGCUGGCCCAGUUCAUGGAUGGUGCCCGCCGGGAGAUUGUCUGCCGUGCGGAUGGCACCAUGAGGCUUGGGGAGCCCACCUCCAACGAGACUCUGUCCUGCGUCAUCAUCUUUGUUAUCGUGUACUACGCCCUGAUGGCUGGCGUGGUUUGGUUUGUGGUCCUCACCUAUGCUUGGCACACCUCCUUCAAAGCCCUGGGCACCACCUAUCAGCCUCUCUCGGGCAAAACCUCCUACUUCCACCUGCUCACCUGGUCACUCCCCUUUGUCCUCACUGUGGCAAUCCUUGCUGUGGCCCAGGUAGAUGGGGACUCUGUGAGCGGCAUCUGUUUUGUGGGCUACAAGAACUACCGAUACCGUGCCGGCUUCGUGCUGGCACCAAUCGGCCUGGUGCUCAUCGUGGGAGGCUACUUCCUCAUCCGAGGAGUCAUGACUCUGUUCUCCAUCAAGAGCAACCACCCCGGGCUGCUGAGUGAGAAGGCUGCCAGCAAGAUCAACGAGACCAUGCUGCGCCUGGGGAUUUUUGGCUUCCUGGCCUUUGGUUUUGUGCUCAUUACCUUCAGCUGCCACUUCUACGACUUCUUCAACCAGGCUGAGUGGGAGCGCAGCUUCCGGGACUAUGUACUGUGCCAGGCCAAUGUGACCAUCGGGCUGCCCACCAAGAAGCCCAUCCCUGAUUGUGAGAUCAAGAAUCGCCCGAGCCUUCUUGUGGAGAAGAUCAACCUGUUUGCCAUGUUUGGAACUGGCAUCGCCAUGAGCACCUGGGUCUGGACCAAGGCCACGCUGCUCAUCUGGAGGCGGACCUGGUGCAGGUUGACUGGUCAGAGUGACGAUGAGCCCAAGCGGAUCAAGAAGAGCAAGAUGAUUGCCAAGGCCUUCUCCAAGCGGCAUGAGCUGCUGCAGAACCCGGGCCAGGAGCUGUCCUUCAGCAUGCACACCGUGUCCCACGACGGGCCCGUGGCGGGCUUGGCCUUUGACCUCAAUGAGCCCUCAGCUGAUGUCUCCUCUGCCUGGGCCCAGCAUGUCACCAAGAUGGUGGCUCGGAGAGGAGCCAUACUGCCCCAGGACAUUUCUGUCACCCCUGUGGCAACUCCAGUGCCCCCAGAGGAACAAGCCAACCUGUGGCUGGUUGAGGCAGAGAUCUCCCCAGAGCUGCAGAAGCGCCUGGGCCGGAAGAAGAGGAGGAGGAAGAGGAAGAAGGAGGUGUGCCCACUGGCACCACCUCCUGAGCUUCACCCCCCUGCCCCUGCCCCCAGUACCGUUCCUCGACUGCCUCAGCUGCCCCGGCAGAAAUGCCUGGUGGCUGCAGGUGCCUGGGGAGCUGGGGACUCUUGCCGACAGGGAGCCUGGACCCUGGUCUCCAACCCAUUCUGCCCAGAGCCCAGUCCCCCUCAGGGUCCGUUUCUGCCCAGUGCACCGGCCCCCAUGGCCUGGGCUCAUGGCCGCCGACAGGGUCUGGGGCCCAUUCACUCCCGCACCAACCUGAUGGAGGCAGAGCUCAUGGAUGCAGACUCGGACUUCUGAGCCUGAGGAGCAGGACCUGGGACGGGAAAGAGAGGAACCAACACCGUUCCAGGCUCUUCUUCCUUCCUGAGCGUGCUUCCCCAGGAUCCAGUCUCCCAGAGAACCUGUGAGCUUAAUGCCCUCCCAGGAGAGUUCUGGAUGUCCGGCUAAAGCAGCGGGACUGUGGAAAAGAGCCUGACACCUCUGCAGGGAGGCCUCACCCCAGGGGGAGGGCCCUGGAGCUGAGGUUCCUUGUUUCUGCCCUGUCAGCUGCAGCCUGGCUGGCAACAUCUGCUCCAUGGGCGGGGUGGGGGGGGGGCGGGAUGCAGAGCUUGUGGAGGGGUAGGAAUGGUGGAGGCAAAGGUGACAGUUCCUGAAGUGGGUUGUGAUGGCCAGGGAGGCAGCCUAGCCCAUGUCUGGCAGAUGAGGGCUGGCUGCUGUUUUCUGGGCUAAUGGGUGCCCUUUCCUGGCACUCUCAGUCCAAAAGUGUUUAUUGUGUCAUUAGUCCUUUGUCUAAGUAGGGCCAGGGCUCCCUCUUCCUCUCCCAGGUAUUUGUGGGGCUGGAAGUGCCUGCUGCCACAGGGGCUGUAUCCCCUCUUAAUAGGUGGCCCUACCCCAAACCCAUCUUUUGUUCUCCUGUAUCCUCCUUCCCCUGUUCCAUUUCAGUUCAGUUUCAGAGGUGCCAGCCUCUUCGCAUUUCCUUUUUGUUGAUGAGGACCCAGAGCUGCUGCACACACUCACCCCCAGCCCCCUCCCUUCGCUGCUAGGCUGGUCUCCAUGGGAGAGACUGGUUCACUCUAGGGCCUCAGCCUGGAGUGAGAUAGGAGCAGUGAGUGACGGGGCCUCCAAGAGAUGUGUCUUCUCUUCCUCACACCCAUUCAGUGGGGGAUGGGCCUCUAGACUUCAGGGGCUACCCUGGGAAGCUGCCAUAGCUUCAGCCAGUCAAGAAAGAGCAUCUUUCCACUUCCACAACCGGUGGUGAGGAGAUUACCACCUUCCAUACCCUCCAACCAUGUCUCCAAGGUCCUAGUUUCAAGAAUCAGAUAGCAGGAAGCCAUAGAUGCUGGCUGGGUUCCAGGUUAUGGGGGAGAAGGAAAUACAGUCAAUAAAAGGUUUUUGUAUAAA